AUGAAUUUCACUUUCCCGCCUCCGCCGCAUAGACCAAGGAUUAUGGAAACAAUCACCGCUUUGGGUGAUUUGCCCAUAGCGACACCCCAUUCGCAAGGCACAGACGUGGAAAUGCAGGACAUAGAUUGGACUGAAAACAUUGGAGAUGAGACGUUAUAUGACAGUCCCUGCCGCCCUUCAAUUGAGAUCGGGUAUGACGCCGCCCUUCGAGGUGGUGUUAUACAUCCACCGCCGAAUCUUGCUUGGGCUCGAAAAGUGGCAGUCGCUUCGCAGCAGAGCCAGCAAGUCGACUAUGUCCAGUAUGUUGAGGACGAGGACGAGGCGGAUAUCGACUACGAGGACCUCGUAGAUGGAUAUGAAGACGACGGCCACAGCACCAGCAGUGACUGGGACGGCUACGGCACCCUUCCGCUGACUAUGGACGAAUACGACGAGGCUGUAGCCGGCAUGGAGGGCAGCGAUGGUUGGAAUGCGGACCAGAAGAAGUUACACAAGCUGAUCUACAUGCGCGGCCUUCAUCCCAUGAUGCCGUCGUGGUGGAGGGUGAACUUCAAGAUGUGGGGGAUCACACAACCACACCUCGACCACGUUUUCACGCCCAAGCAUAGCAAAAAGCGCGUGGCUAUCCAUGCAUAUGGGAGCGAAGUAGCUGCGGGCAAAGCUCUCGAGUCCCUGUUUUAUCUCUCCCAAACAGUCACGGACUACGAGGAGAUUGGGAACCAGGAUAAGAUUGCAAAAACCGUGGUGAGGGGGAUCCGGGGCUAUAUCAGAUGGGCCAUGCGGGACGCCGGGAUCGACAUGCGUAAAACACUACUUAACUUGCUAGUGCAAGCGUACCCGCCGGAUUUCCGAGCCGACGACGACUCCGAAGGGGCGGAAAGCGAUUUUGCGCCCUCACCCGUCAGCAACAACGAAGACCAGGAAGGAGAGAUGACGGGCACCGAUGAAUACAAAGACAAGGCCGUCGAAGCUUUUGAGGCCGCGGAGGCACAGCGCGCCAGACGGUUCACACACGCCGUUUCGCGCGACCUCGAGAGGAGAUUGCUGGGGCUGGGCCAGCGCUGGCGCGACCGGUUGCGGAUCAAGGGGGGCAAGGGUUUAAUCGCAGCGCCGCCAACCCUGUAUGCCUUUGCUGUCAUCCAGCACAUUGCUAUGCUUGCCAGCCACGAUCCGAGUUCCUCGGCCAACCCGGUUGUCGUUCUGGAGCAGGUCCAUUUGAAUGAUCGCGGCAAGUGGCUAUGGAAUGCUUUAUCCAUCGCUCUCCCCAUCAAUAUGGCAAGGGAUGCCUUGAACAGUAUGUGGGAGACAGGCGUCGUUGUAGCAGAGCAUUUGGACCGGGAGGUCGAUCCCGAUUUGUGA